GAACCCGAGCGUCAUUCAUUUCACCUUUUCUCUCAUUUAUAACGAGGCAUUUUCCUUUCAUUUUGGAUUCAACAUCCCUCGCGAAAUUAAGUGAACAGAGUUAAAGUUGACCUUCCUCUUGAAUACCUUUCCGCACACCUGAAGAUUGAAGUUCGAUGGGCGGGCAUCAUAGUUCCGGGUUCGGCCAUCAAGGUUCUUGGCAUAAUAUGGUUCCCCCAUCUGGCGACGAAGGUUCAGGUGACGAUGAUAGCACAGGAACUUCAGCUUCGAACAGGAAACGGCAAUUCCUUUUUCGCUCAGAUCCCCAGUACAGCUGGCACGCUGUCGAUCAAACAAGAUCCCGGAAUGUUUCGCCUACCCACCUCAUUGUAGGAAGUUACAUUGUCGCAAUCAUCCUGUUCGUUAUCGUGAUCUCCCACAUUCGAAGAAGACAGCGACGACGUGCACGAAUAGAAUCAUCAUUUUCGGAAGAGGUGGACGUUGUGGAUUUGGAAGACCAAAAGAUCUCAGCAGCUGCCGAGGACUAGUAUGAAGAACUAUCACGCUAUUUCCCUACGCAUUAAAGUAUGCUGUGUUUAUAAACAAGGUGGCAAUUGGUCAUUAUGAUGCUAGCUCUGUGG